CAGGAGAGCUUGCUGGUUCUGCGCGGAUUGGGCGUGCAGACGAGCGAGAGCCCGGGGACGUACCUGGCCGGGGCGGCGACGCGGUUCAUCCCGACGGAGAAGAUUCAGGAUAUUCUGGUCAACGAGGCGUUCCGCGGCUUUGAAGUCAGGUAUUAUCUUGUGGUGGUGGUGGAGGGCGAGGAGGAUGUCGUGGUUGUGUUUCCGGGCUUGCUGCCCAAGAGGAAGAUUGUCGAGACGGUGUGGAGAGGGGUGAGGGAGUGUUUGUACGAGGGGAGG